AUGCUACGUCGAUUUCUUCUUGCCGUAAUUCUUCUGUGUGACCUCACCGUCGCGGUUGACCCUACAGUUCAUCUCAACUACACGAGCUACAAGGGCGCCGCUCUAAGCAAUGGCAUUACCCAAUGGCUAGGUGUGCGCUAUGCUGCUCCACCAGUCGGUAACCUACGUUUCAGCGCACCGCAACCACCGCCAGCGGCAAGCGGCACGCAGAGUGCAGUCGCUCACGGGCCGACAUGCUUGGGUACCGCUUCUGGGCCACCAACGAAGACGAUGAGUGAAGACUGCCUGUUCCUGGAUGUCUAUGCUCCAAGCAAUGCAACCCAGUCCUCCAAACUUCCUGUAUUCUUCUUCGUCCAGGGCGGUGGCUUCAACACUAACAGCAACGCGAAUUAUAACGGCUCCGGCCUCAUCACGGCUGCAGGGAAGAACAUUGUCGUUGUCAACUUCAACUACCGUGUCGGUCCUUACGGCUUCCUUGCUGGGCAGGAGAUACUUGCUGGCGGCAGCGUUAACAACGGGCUUAAGGAUCAACGACUCGCUCUACACUGGAUUCAACAGUAUAUCGCCCAGUUCGGUGGUGACCCUGGCCAUGUGGUCUUGGGUGGCGACAGCGCCGGUGCUCAGUCUGUCAAUCUCCAGGUAACGGCGUAUGGAGGCAGAAACGACGGGCUCUUUCAUGCUACAGCGGCUGAGUCGCAGUCCUUCUCCGCUUUACGAACCGUCAACGAAAGCCAAUUCAUGUAUAACAACCUUGUGAUUCGGACGGGCUGUACAUCCUCAAAUGACACCUUAGCAUGCUUGCGGGCUCUGAACGCCACUGCGUUGCAACAGCAGAACUACAAUACACCGUUCCCAGGGGCUCAGAUCGCCCCUCUCUACAUGUAUGGCCCUACUCUCGACUACGACUUCAUCACAGACUACACCUACAACGCCUACGCCAAAGGAGCGUUCGUCCACGUACCUGCCAUCGCAGGCGAUGACACCAAUGAAGGAACUAUCUUUGCUCCGAAGAGCACGGCGAAUAUCAGCCAGAGCAACGAAUUCAUACAAGCUCAAUUUCCGGCCAUCACUCUAGCGCAGUUACGCAUGCUGAACACGCUGUACCCGGUCAACGGCACGCCAACGUUCCCAGACUCCGGGCGGUAUUGGAGACAAACAAGCGACGUCUACGGCGAGAUGCGGUACAUCUGUCCUGGCAUCUUCAUCAGCGGAGUGUACGCAAACAUGUCGUUGAACCAGAACUGGAACUAUCGCUGGAACGUCAUUGAUCAGCCGGCCAAUGCUUCAGGCAACGGUGUUUCGCAUACGAUCGAAACCAAUGCGAUCUGGGGUCCCACCAAUACAAACGGCGGUGCACCAGACUCGUACAAAGCUGGUGGUAAUAACUUUCCGAUCGUGGCAGUGGUGCAGGGAUAUUGGACGAGCUUCAUCAGGUCAUACAACCCCAAUACGUACCGCCUGGCCGGCACGCCGACUUGGGAAGCUUGGACGACUGGUAACAGAUACCAACGUCUGAUGUUCCAGACGAACAACACUACGAUGGAGACGGUGCCUUCUGAUCAACAAGCGAGGUGUAUCUACCUGAGCAGUAUUGGCCUGAGUUUGGAGCAGUGA